GGUAAGAUUUAUGAACUUGGUGGUAACAUCUUUUCUUGGGCUGCCAGUCUCAAAAACUAGACAUACCUGCCUACCUGUACCUAAGUCUGAGCUAAUGUCUAUGAGAAGCGCAGCCAAUGACGAUGUAAACGUGUUUCUCCGGCCGAUGGGAUUGCAACAAGAGGUGUGGCUUACUGGAAAUGGGUUGGAAAUUGAGUGACGCGACCGGUACAAAGACGAACUAGGGAAAUGUUUUACGGCAACUCGGACGCACGCCGCUAAGGCCAGGAAGUGGAGAUGAAGGGGAACAUGUCUGAGAGCCAAGCCGAGGCGGGAAACGACAUGCCGGCGAAAAAGCAAAAACUCAGUAGCGAUGAGAACAGUAAUCCCGACCUCUCCGGGGACGAAAAUGAUGAUGCCAUCAGCAUUGAGAGUGGGACCAACAUGGAGCGGCCAGACACACCCACAAACACACCCAAUGCCCCGGGCAGGAAGAGCUGGGGAAAGGGCAAAUGGAAGUCGAAGAAAUGCAAAUAUUCCUUCAAGUGUGUGAACAGUUUAAGGGAGGAUCAUGGCCAGCCCUUGUUUGGAGUGCAGUUUAACUGGCACAGCAAAGAGGGGGAUCCCCUGGUAUUUGCCACAGUGGGAAGUAAUAGGGUGACCCUGUAUGAAUGUCAUUCCCAAGGUGAGGUCAGACUCCUGCAGUCUUACGUGGAUGCCGACGCAGAUGAGAACUUCUACACCUGCGCAUGGACCUUUGACACCAGCACCAGCCACCCACUGCUCGCAGUGGCUGGAUCACGAGGCAUCAUCCGAAUCAUCAAUCACAUUACCAUGCAGUGCAUCAAGCACUAUGUGGGACAUGGGAAUGCGAUUAAUGAGCUGAAGUUUCAUCCUCGAGAUCCGAACCUCCUCCUGUCUGUCAGCAAAGAUCAUGCCCUGCGGCUGUGGAACAUCCAGACAGACACAUUGGUGGCUAUAUUUGGGGGUGUGGAGGGUCAUCGGGAUGAAGUGCUGAGUGCAGACUUUGACCUCCUUGGGGAGAAAAUUAUGUCAUGUGGGAUGGACCAUUCUCUGAAGUUGUGGAGGAUCAACUCCGAGAGGAUGCAAAAAGCCAUUCGGGGAUCUUAUGAAUAUAACCCCACUAAGACCAACCGACCCUUUGUCUCCCAGAAGAUCCAUUUCCCAGAUUUUUCCACACGGGACAUACACCGCAAUUAUGUGGACUGUGUGCGUUGGCUUGGAGAUCUGAUCCUAUCCAAGUCAUGUGAGAAUGCCAUUGUGUGCUGGAAGCCAGGGAAGAUGGAGGAUGACAUCGACCGUAUAAAACCCAAUGAGUCAAAUGUGACCAUCCUGGGCCGCUUUGAUUACAGUCAAUGUGACAUCUGGUACAUGCGAUUCUCCAUGGAUUUCUGGCAAAAGAUGUUGGCUUUGGGAAAUCAGGUGGGGAAGUUGUAUGUGUGGGACCUGGAAGUGGAAGAUCCACACAAGGCCAAGUGUACCACCCUCACCCUCCCAAAAUGCACCUCAGCAAUUCGCCAAACCAGCUUCAGCCGUGACAGCAGCAUUCUCAUCGCUGUGUGUGAUGAUGCCUCUAUCUGGCGCUGGGAUCGCUUGCGCUGAUUACAUGUCACUGUCAAGACCUAUGGUUUUUGUUUAAUGCAGGGUCACCAGACUGAGCUGACCUCUUUCUUUACUUUUUUUGGCUUUCAUGUUAUAAUAAAAGUGUAUUUUUUUAAUCAAUAUGUUGUAAAUUAUCGUUUUGAUGGUUGUUGGUAUGAUAACUUACAUUUUAUUUGAAUGAGGGAAAAUACAAACUUGAAACGAA